AUGGGGAGCAAUGAAAAAGAUGUAGCUAAACCUGCUGAACAGGAAACCACUGGACAAAAGCGCAAGGUGCCGGAAGAUGCCAAGAUCACGUCUUUCUUUAAGACUGAGGAUAAAAAUGAGGUGAUUUCAAAGAGUAAAGACAAGAAGGAGGAAGAAGAAGACGAUGAGGAAGAAGAUGAUGAAGAUGAAGAGGAUGAAGAAAAUGAGGAAGAGGAUGACAGUGAAGAGGAGGACGUGGCUCCAAAAAAGAAGAAGCGGCGGACGCGAAACAACGACGACAGUGAAGACAGUGGAGAUGAAUCGGAGCCCGAGCUCAAGAUGACGGAAGACGAUCUUGUAGGCGUCGACACGACUAACAUCAUCCCACGCUCACGGCGUCGUGCGGCUGUUGCUGCGAUGGCGUUGGCGUCGAAGGAGAUUGCGGCGGCAACGGGAGAUGUGCCACCUGUUGCUGCAGCUGCAGCCAAUGGCGGAGACGAUGACGAUGACGGCGAGUCUAGUGACGAAGCGGAGUUUUAA